AUGCCGCUAUAUAACGCUAACGCCGCCCAGGCCGUGGUAAACAGCGGCGGCGGCAAACGGCAGCGUGUCCCGGAGCAUCACGACCUGAGCGGCAGCGGCUCGUACGUCGACGAGAGGAGGACGCAGACGCAGAGAAGGCACAUGGCCCCGGUGAGCAUCAGCGCGGUGCCGUUCCUCCCGACGGCGGCGGCGGGGGAGGCCACGCUGCGUGCGUCGUUCGUGCGCGAGGAGGACGAACGCCCCAAGGUGCCGCACGACCGCUUCAGCGACGAGGUGCCGGUGGUGUCGCUCGAGGGCAUCGACGGCGUGCGGCGCACCGAGAUCCGCGACCGCGUGGCCGCCGCCUGCGAGGACUGGGGCAUCUUCCAGGUGGUGGACCACGGCGUGGACGCCGCGCUCGUGGCCAACAUGGCGCGCCUCGCGCGCGACUUCUUCGCGCUCCCGGCUGAGGACAAGCUCCGCUUCGACAUGUCCGGCGGCAAGAAGGGCGGCUUCAUCGUCUCCAGCCACCUCCAGGGGGAGGUGGUGCAGGACUGGCGUGAGAUCGUGACCUACUUCUCGUACCCGGUUAAGGCCCGCGACUACUCGCGGUGGCCGGACAAGCCGGGGGCAUGGCGGGCGGUGGUGGAGCGGUACAGCGAGCAGCUGAUGGGCCUGGCGUGCAAGCUCCUGGGCGUGCUCUCCGAGGCGAUGGGCCUGGAGACGGACGCGCUCGCCAAGGCCUGCGUGGACAUGGACCAGAAGGUGGUAGUCAACUUCUACCCGAGGUGCCCGCAGCCGGACCUCACGCUGGGGCUCAAGCGCCACACCGACCCCGGCACCAUCACGCUGCUGCUGCAGGACCUCGUCGGCGGCCUCCAGGCCACGCGCGACGGCGGCCGGACCUGGAUCACCGUGCAGCCCGUCGAGGGCGCCUUCGUCGUCAACCUCGGCGACCACGGCCACCUCCUGAGCAACGGCAGGUUCAAGAACGCGGACCACCAGGCGGUGGUGAACUCCGAGUGCAGCCGCCUGUCCAUCGCCACGUUCCAGAACCCGGCGCCCGACGCGACGGUGUACCCGCUGGCCGUGCGGGACGGGGAGGCGCCCAUACUGGAGGAGCCCAUCACCUUCGCCGAGAUGUACCGCUGCAAGAUGGCGCGCGACAUCGAGCUCGCCAAGCUCAAGAAGCAGGCCAAGGCCGAGAAGCAGCUGCAGAAGAGUGCCAAGGAGUUCGCCGCGCCGAAUGCCAAGGAGUUCACCGUGCCGACUGCCAAGGAAUUCGCCGUGCCGAACGCCAAGCCUCUCGACGACAUUCUUGCCUGA